CACCACAACACCACACCUCGCGCACGCCACAACCCUUUGUCGGCCCGGCGAUCCCAACGGCCAGCCAGCCCCUAGGCUCGGGAUCUGACACUUUUUUCUUCCUUGUUCACUGCCAUCGUGCCACCAUCCCCUUCUACGUCGCUCGCUUCAGAGGUUGUUGUCCGCACGAGUACAGCCCGCAAGCUAGACCACAGCAACCUACCCGCCGCCUGGCGCGUAGCCCGCCUGCCCGCCUGAUAGUAAUGUCCCUGAUCGCCCGCCACGCCGCCCGCUGCAUCGCCCGCCUCUCCUGCAUCGCCGCCGCCGCCACCCCUCGUGCACCACCACGAAUCCGUCCCAGCUUCAGCCUCCCCGCCACCAUGGCCGAUUCACCGUCCGCCGCCGGCUACAGCCGCGCCGCGUCGACCACGUCCUGGAGCGGCUCUUCUUCUUCCUCCUCCUCCCAGCAGCAGCAGCAGCAGCAGUCUGCCGAAACCAAGUCUCAAGAGGGCUCCGAGCAGGGCCAAGACGAGCAGCGCCCGUCUGGGACCGUGGCGGCGGACAAGGCGCUCCCGGCGCCUGGACAGGGGAGCGACGUGACCACUCUAGACGUCAGCGGCGAGGGCACGACCGUCAAGCUCGAUGGGCUCGGGCCGCUCGUGGUCAACCGGGACGGCACCAUGUCCAGGAUAUCAAACUGGGCCGAGAUGACCGACAUAGAGAGGCAGAACACGCUCAGGAUCCUGGGCAAGCGCAAUAAGCUUCGUCUGACCACUCUCCGGGAAUCACAGGCCGCUAGUGACAGCUCAUCGAGUAACAAUUGAAACGUUAUGUAUUUCGUGCAAACAAUAACUCGUCCACUCCGAGCCCGU